UGUGCGAGGGUGGGCAGACAGAAGGAUGGUCACACGCUCAGCGGCGGGUCAUGUGGUCACAGUGGUCGUGCCCGUGUGUCACCUUCAUCGCGGGAACUAACACUGCGUCUGAGAGCGGGAUGGGCGAGGAGGCGUGUCCUCACAAGACACCGUCCUCCGGUCCUCUGAGACCUUUCGUCUACGUUCUACUUCCCGUCCUCAGCCUACUGGGCGGCGUGAUGCUCGUGCUCGCCCUCACCGGUGUGAUUGGCAGUCGUGUCUCAGAUUCUAGCCGCCUCCCAUCUCCGGCGCUCGUCGCUGACAGGGACCCAUGUUACCAUGGCAACAGCACAAGCCCCUUCCUCUCUCAACUUGGCAAUUCAACAGGCUCCCCCCACGACCUCGCUGACAUCACGCCCAUGACCGCCGGCGUCGCCACAGCGCCCUCAUCCGAUGCCCCUCCCACUCAGUCGACCACAGUGGCCCCUGAUUGGUUAACCUCUGUCACCAUGUUGAGCCACAACUGGCUGACGUCGACACCUGACACAGGUGGUUGUCAACUGGUGGUAGAGCCUCAGUGUCACAUGUUGCCCUACAAUCAAACAUGGCUGUCCUCCGCCGCCGCCGUGGUAAAGAGCUCAGAGGUGGACAUGUUGCUAAGGUUCUUCAACUACCUGAGCAGACUGUCUUGCUAUAAACACAUCAUGUUGUUUGGCUGCUCACUGGCCCUGCCUCAGUGUUUCCAUAACGACAGCACACAUCACAGGGGAGUGGUGCUGCCGUGCGCCUCGUUUUGCGAGGCGGCCAGAGAAGGCUGCGAGCCUGUCCUCCAAAUGUUCAACGCCUCCUGGCCCGAGUUCCUGCGCUGCUCGCAGUUCAGCAACGCCGCUCUGACCACAGCAAGCCCUGCGCCCCCCGCCUGCUACACACCUAGACAGGCUGUCGGCAAAGCCGCUGCAUGCGGCGGGGAGGACGACUUCCUGUGCGCGACGGGCAUUUGUGUGCCCCAGAAACUGGUGUGUAACGGCUACAACGACUGUGACGACUGGAGCGACGAGACACACUGCGUCUGUUCAGAUGCACAGUUUCAGUGCCUGACAGGCCGCUGCCUGACGCCUCUUCUGUUGUGUGACGGUUAUGACGACUGCGGCGACCUCAGCGACGAACUCAACUGUGUGUGCGACGUGUCACGGGAACAUCGCUGUGGCGACGGCCGCUGCGUGUCCAAGGAUUGGCUGUGCGACGGCGACCACGAUUGUCUCGACAAGAGCGAUGAACUCAACUGCUCGUGUCGCAGUCAGGGUCUUUGGGAGUGCAGGAAUAGUCAGUGCGUUCCUUCUGCCUUCCGCUGCGAUGGUGAGGAUGACUGCAAAGACGGCAGCGAUGAAGAGCACUGUAGCCGAGACCAGAGUGAGACAUCAAAUUGUCUUCCUCCGUCAACACGUCUGUCUCACUUCUUGACGUGUGUUGCAGGUCAGACAUCGUCCACUUCCUGUGAGGACAACAACAACUGCACCGGCUGUGAGCCAAUCAGCUUGGAGCUGUGCAUGAACCUGCCCUACAACCUGACCCGCUUCCCAAACUUCCUGGGUCACGUGUCCCAGAGAGAGAGCGCUGUGUCCUGGGAGUCUUCGCUGUUCCCCGCCCUGGUCCAGACGGGCUGCUACCAGUAUCUCAUGUUCUACGCGUGCACGUUGCUCGUGCCCAAAUGCAACCCGCUCAGCCGGCAGAGGGUUCCGCCCUGCAGGUCUCUGUGUCGCAAGUCGAAGGAGAAAUGCGAGUCGGUGCUCGGCAUCGUGGGACUUCAGUGGCCCGACGACUCAGACUGCACUCAGUUUCCCGAAGAAGGCGGAGACUUGGCGUGUCUGCUGCCCGAGGCCGGCGUGGACGAGUGCUCCCCCAGUCAUUUCAAGUGUCGCUCCGGUCGUUGUGUCCUAGCCAACAAACGCUGCGACGGCCUUGCUGACUGCGACGACCACAGUGACGAAGACCACUGCGGCUGCUCGGAGCGCGCACUGUGGGAGUGUCCCGGCAGCGCCACGUGCAUUAAGACCAGCAUGAUCUGCGACGGCUUCCCAGACUGCCCCCUGAUGGCUGAUGAGGCCAACUGCUCGGCGUGCAGCGAUAACGAGUUGGCGUGCAACAAUCACGAGUGCGUGCACAGAACGUUGUGGUGCGAUGGAAAGAAGCACUGCACCGACGCCUCGGACGAGUGGAACUGUGUAUCUCUGAGCGAGUCGUCAGGUUCUGUUGUGACUGUGCUGAGGACAGCGGCCCACUAUCACGUGUGUGCCGACGAGUGGGACCCGCAGCUCAGCAAACUGACCUGUGACCAGCUGGGACAAGGGGUUCCUGCCUCCAUUUCCAUGCUACCCGAACAGGUGGGUCCUCUGGGCCGUCGCCGUUGGUUACACGUUCAUCCCGAGUGGAAGGAGAAGAAAGGCUUGGCUCUGCAGGCGCGACUAGAGAAGAGAAGUCACUCGUGUCAUUCCGGAAGGAGAGUCUCGCUGGUCUGCGUCAGAGACGAGUGUGGCCUGCGCCCGACCAUGCUUCCUCGCAGGCAGAAGAGGAUCCUGGGAGGCCGCGUGUCCCGGCAGGGGGCGUGGCCUUGGCAGUGCUCACUGCAGAGCGGCCAGAGCGGUCACGUUUGCGGCUGUGUCCUCAUCGGCGGGAAGUGGGCCUUGACGGUGGCGCACUGCUUUGAGGGUAGGGAGAAGGCCCAUCUGUGGAAUGUGGUCCUGGGUAUUAACAACUUGGACCAUCCGGGCAUGCACAGCCAGAGCCGCGGCGUGCGCGCCAUCACAGUUCACCCGCGCUACAACCGCGCCGUGGUGGACUACGACAUCAGCGUGGUAGAGUUGGACGCGGAGGUGGAGGAGACGGCGUGGGUCCGGCCCGUGUGUCUGCCUCGUCCUGGCCAGAUUCCCGCUACGGAUUCCUACUGUUACAUCACAGGCUGGGGUCAUAUGGGCAACAGGAUGCCCUUCAAACUGCAGGAGGGACAAGUUCGCAUCAUCGCCGUCUCACAGUGCCAGUCCUACUUUGACAUGAAGACCAUAACUCCCAGGAUGCUUUGUGCCGGUUAUGAGGCCGGGACCGUCGACUCAUGCAUGGGGGACAGCGGCGGUCCUCUGGUGUGCGAAGAGGAGGCGGGCCACUGGACGCUCUUUGGCCUGACAUCGUGGGGCAGUGUGUGCUUCAGUAAAGUUCUUGGACCAGGAGUGUACAGCAAUGUGAGCCACUUCACGCCCUGGAUCCAGCAACAGAUCUUCAUGCGCACUUACCUGUCCGACUGACAUGUCUCUGCUAGGCGGUAGGAGGUUAUGUGAAAAAGCACACGCAGACGUCCUCUACACGGCCCUUUAUCCAAACUGUUAGCCUCUUCAUGCUAGCGUCACCUAGCUACACUUUGAUGAGGAUUGUGAUGUUCUUUCUGAGAUGAAUCAUCAACAUCAUCCGUGUUCUCCUGGUGCAGCUAAACUAGCUUAGCGCUGACUGCGUGUUAUUUGCCAAAGUAAGAGUAGACGACGUUACAGCUCAUGCUAACACGCCAAUGUUAGUGUUGACUGAUUGAAUGUUUUUUUAAUCUUUUCCUUGAUUGUUGUUUGUCCAUUCCUUCACAUCUACAACAUUCCCAGUGGUCAGUGUUUGGAAUCUUUGUUUUACCAAAAGUAUUUUUGUAUAACUUGUUUGGCGUUGCGCGUUUAAUAGACACAAACACACACAAAAAAACGUGUGUGUUCUGACGGCAUUCUUUUUGAUGUCACCUCCUGGUUUGUUAUCUUAAAGAUUAAUAAUGUAAAACAAAUCAACUGGAAUGUUUUGGCACAACAAUAAAACUAUACA